GCGUAAACAUGGCUUCCAAAUCGAGGUCGGAGUUUUUUUUUUUUUAAAUCACAAAUAAGAGCGCUUGCUUGUUGCUUCUUCCCUCGCUAACUGACGCCCGCAUAUUUGAUAUUUCGCGUUUUCAAAUCAUCAAGGUAGCGUCGUCGCACGUCAUCAUCAUUUCAAUCCCUUUUUGUUGGACUCCAAAAUCUUUUGUUUGUCACGAGGAUUGCAGAGCGCGUCGUGGCGUGGAAUGAAAAAGCGUUAAUAUCUGAGUACGAUUUUUUUUUUUUUUUUUAGGUUCAUUUAUUGGUUGCAUUUCAAUUUAAAAAAAAAAAACAAACAAAACCAACUGGCAAGCAUUCAACGUUGCAAUGUGCAGCGAGUACUACGACAAGCUUGAAAUCAACAGAAAUGCGACAGACGCAGACAUCAAAAAGGCGUAUCGACGUCUGUCACUCAAGUUUCACCCGAGCAGCAACAAAGAACCCGAAAGUGCUGAGAAAUUUUACCAACUGGGUGAAGCUUACGAUGUGUUGAGUGACCCCCGAAAAAAGGCGACGUACGACAAGUUUGGAGUGGAGGGCCUGAAAGGGGGAAUCCCUUACGAGUUCGGCAGCGGCGGCGCCUGGUCGUCCAAGUACGUCUACCACGGCAAUCCGGACAAAACCUUCCGGCAGUUUUUCGGCAGCGACAACCCCUUCGCAGACUUCUACACCAACGACGUCCCCCUGCUGCUGGGCGGGCUGCUACCGGAGGAGGUCAAGACCCAAGACCCCCCCAUCGAGAGGGAUCUUCAUUUGUCCCUGGAUGACCUCUUCCACGGUUGCACUAAAAAAAUCAAGAUUUCGCGAAGGGUCAUGAACGACGAUGGCUACACUUCGGGUAUUAAGGACAAGAUUCUGUCCAUCGAUGUCAAGCCCGGAUGGAGAGAAGGCACCAAGGUGAUUUUCUCCAAAGAGGGAGAUCAGGGCCCGAACAAAAUCCCCGCCGACAUCGUGUUCAUCGUGCGGCAGAAGAUUCACCCGCAGUUCAAAAGGCAAAACAACGACUUGAUCUACAAGGCCCAGAUUUCACUGGCAAUGGCCUUGACGGGCUGUUCCGUCAACGUCGAAACGCUCGACGGCAGACUGCUCAACGUGCCCAUCAAUGACAUCGUGCACUUCACCUACCAAAAAGUGGUGACUGGCGAGGGGAUGCCGCUCUCCCACAAUCCUUUGCAGCGGGGGAACCUGAUCCUGAUUUUUGGCAUCCAGUUUCCUGAGCGGCUCUCCCCGGACAGGAAGGAGCUCAUCAAACAAGCUCUACUUUUUAAGAAUUGAUGACGUCUGGCCUGCCCUGCCGUCGCCGAUACGAGCAAAGAGGAGAAAGCGCCGCGACCCGACGACGACGACGACGUUUAUGUUUUGGUUUGAUGUUUUCCGCGCUCCCUCCCUCACGCAUUCCAUUUAUGACAUUUGUCCCAUAUCUUUUGCCUUGACUUUGUUCCAUAAUUGUGGUUGCGUGGCCAGUGGUGUACAACUAAAAAUAUUAGACGCGCCUCUCGCAAGUGCCUGUGUACCUAAUGUUUUGACCAGUGGGUGUAAAUCCAAUCGAGUUGAUUGAUUAACUGUCCGCUUUCACUUCAAGGGAGGGGAAAAAAAAAAAAUCCCACAAGCUGUUUCGACAGACAAUGGCAAAGCAAGUGACACAU